GUGGAGACUUCAGAUGUAUAAGAAAGUAUUCACUGGUUCAGCAUUGAUUGAUUGGCUGGUGCAGGCAGGUCUUGCUAGAGAUCGACCAGAAGCCACACAGUAUGCUUCUCUGCUGGUAAACGGGCGUGUAUUGAGGCACAUAGAGAGAUUAUAUCAUUUUCAUGAUCGGCCUCUCUUGUAUACAUUUGAAGAGUGAUAUAUUCAGUUUCUGAAAUGAAAUUGAAAUUCAGAAAAUUCUGCCGCAACAAUUCUUAUUAUGGUAUGACUAUGGUAUGUACACUAUUUUUCAGUUCAACAGGACAAUGUGGCACUAAGAGCUGAAUUUGUAAUUCUGUCAUAGUAAAAGUAGAAAUAUUGGAAGCAAAAAUCAAAAUGAUCACUGGUAAUUGUAAUUUUUAAGUAUUUUUUGGUUGAGACAUCUUUUCCCAUUCUUCCCAUUGUAUUAAGCAUGUUUGUACGUUAUUUGUAAUGAAAUUUCUUAUUGAUAAAAUUGAGCAUGUAUCCAUAUGUUUUCACGUGAUCUUAUGAUCCAAAGGGAAGUAAUUAUGAAGAGUUAAAAAAUGGUAUUUUUGUAUGCCUUUUAUUUUAAUAGAUUUUAUUUAUUGAUAUAAUGUUGUGUAUAUAACUAUAAUUGUCCAAAAGUCUCAUAGUUUUAUAUAUUGUCCUUAAAACAAAAUUUUAUGUCCUAAUAUUAUUUAUUUUUGCUUUUGGAAAGUUUCGUAGGUGAAUGUGAAAGUAAGUUGCACUUGGUUGUACCAAUCUUCACAGUAAUAGUGGUUAAAAGUUGUUUAUUUACAUGUAUUACAGUUAAAUUGUUGGAAAGUGCUACUCCAUGCCAGCAUAUUGAGACAUUGAUUCAAAAAAUUGUUUUGUGCCUUUGUUGAUUAAUAAAAAUAAACUUGUGUGAAAAUUUUGUCUCUGAAUUAUGGCCAGGUGCAACUCGCAUUUUAAUUCACUUGUGUACAUCCAAAAGCAAAAUCUUACAAUGUUGCUUGUAGAAUGUACCUCUCCAACAAGGCAUGCUACUGCACAAAGGGAACUGACGAGGUUAUGCAUUAGUUUCCUGUUGACUGACCAUUGGUGCACUUGACUGGGUUCCUUGCUUAUCUCUACCAGUGAUUUAUUUGUGAUCUUUCUCAGUUGGGGGAGCUUGUGGUAUUGAGGGGCAAACGCAUUUCCUUGCACUGCUGGGCCCACCUUUAAUCCCUGGCUAAUCGAUGAAGAAUUUGUGUAGGCAGUUCUUGGAGGGUUUUAUUGUUGUUUUUCCAUAUUUGCCUCUCAUUCCACAGUUUCUCCAUCAUUAUAACCACUAUUUCCUAGGCAAAAGAUUACCAUUCCGAGACCUGAGUUAACCUGGUUGUUUGGUGAUCCCCAAACUUCAGUAAAUAAAUUCGGUGUAAAAGCUACAUUGAGUUUCAAAAAUGAGACAUUGAUACUACAUUGAUCACUAGUAGGUAGGGAUAAGUAAAGUGGCCAGCUCCUCUAAUUGAGCGGUGAAGGGGUGGUAUUUGCAAGGCUGUUGAAUAAUUUAUUGAAAUGAAUGGAAAUGUCUGGUGAAUUAGUUCUUUUAGCACCUUUUCAAUAAUAAUUUAAGCAAUAUUUAUAUUUUAUAUAUUUGAAAAUGCAAAUUAUUAAAAAUCAAUCAAUUUAAAAUGAACACAAACAUAUGACGAGAUGCAGUUUUAUUGUAGUUUUUUCAUGGUAUUUUCUUUGAAUUUGGUAUAUUGUAUACAUGUAUAAUUUUGUACAGUAUGAUUUGAUUAAAACAUUUGGUAAUAUAAAAAAACAGAGAAUCAAUAAAUUAUUUUAUUAUAAGAGACAGUACAAUGUUUCAUAAGUAAAUACUAAAUAAAUCUUCAGAAACAAAAAACUUAACCAAGUUCACAAAAAUUGCUGGACUAAAUGAGGAUUGCUCUUGAUGAAUGAAGAGUUGGUUUCAGAAGUCAAGCAGGCUGAAGUUGGCAUAAUGGCAGAAUUGGAUACGUGUCACAAUAUUUUAAAAGAUUAUUUUGAGCUUCUGUGUAAUGGUUCAACAUGAUAUCACUUGAUUUUAUAUUGAAAGAUUUACAGAGUUGCCUGAGGGUUGGAAAAGCCUCUUCCCCAAAUGUCUUAUAUUAAUUCCCCAAAUUGUUGGCUUAAAAAAUGGGGGAUAAAGAAUUUAUAAUAUUAUCCCUGGGUUGCAUGAACCUAUUUAACAAUUCAUGAAAUGUUAUUGUACUUGUAAAUGUCUUAAUGAAAGAAAACAUGACAAAACCGUUCUUUAAGUUAAACGAUUCGUUAAAGUACCUACUCUUUAUUUAGACUGAAAAUCAGCCCGUAAACUGUUAACCUACACUCUGCUAUAUACUGCAUAUGCAAUUGCUAUAAUACUCUAUGCUUUCUGUUAUCUGUAUACUUAAACAUCGUUGUGUAUUUUAUGUGGUUUUUAAAAUAAGUCAUCAUGGAUAACUUUUUCCAGCACUCUUUUUAGAUUCGUCACUGUAUUGGUGACUUAUUUUCAUUUGUAUUUGAGAACUUGCUAAUAAUAUCCAAAAGAUUAAAUGUUUCUCUUUCCGAAAAAUUUCUCCCUCUAUUUCUUUUACUUUUAUCCAUUUUGGGUGCAACACAGUGGCACGCGGCGAUAGUGUAACGGUUAGCGUAUCGGAGUGUUAUACUCAAAUUGGCAGGUUCAAACCCGAUCGAAGCCGUGGAUUUUUAAGGGCGAAAAAAUCCUUCAUAUGCC